GUCUUAGGAUGAGGAUUAAGACACCACGACGCAGUCACGCAAACGUGUUUAUAGUUUAGAAAUAAACAAAAGCUCAAAAGGAAUCGGAGACGCAGAUCCCACAAUCUUUCUCUCUCCUCUGUUUGUGGAUUCUCCUGAAAAUUAGGGCUGCUUCUCUAUGUGUUUUAUCCUAUAUAUACAGCUUCAAGUAUAUAAAUAAGCUGCUUUUGAUAAAUUAUCUAUCUGUUUCCUAAGAAUAUUUCACAGUAGAUAUAUAGACAUAUAUAUAUCUACUGUGAAUUUCUUCUUUAAAGUAGAGAAAUUGUUCACGCUGUUGAAGGGAAGAUUAUUGUUUUUUCUUUAAAGAGUCGAACCAAUUCUGGGUACCUCUUCUGCUAAAUCAGCCCAAUCAGGUGGAGGCUCGUGAACCACUCUUGUUGUAUCCUUCUUAAUUGGGGUGGUUAAGUUUCUGCAGUUUUUAUCAGAACCCUGGAUUGAGGAUGAGAACAAUAGUCCGGUCUAUUCGUCAAUAUGGAUCAGCUUUUCAGCAUCAAGGCCACAUUUUCUCCCAUGGUUUAGCGAGAAGGCAAAAGUAUUUGGUGGAUACAAAUAUUAGGUGCUUUUAUAAACUUGCAUACAAUGCUGAAAUUUGUAGAUAUUCACAUCCUUCCUGUAUGAUCUCAAGAGCCCUGUUUGCCGAUGCUGCUAAAGCAACUAUUGGAGAAGUGAGCAGAGCAGGGCCUCUGGUUGAGUACGAGCAUAGAAUUGCCAUGGGUGAACUCAUGGAUGGUGAUAGCUGCCAGCUAGGCACCUUAAGAGAGCUUCAGAGACUCUAUGAUGAGGCUGUUGUGUCGGCUGAUGCCUGCCGGUUGGAUCGCUACGCUGCUUCCGAUAAAGCUGGGAGGAGUAGGUGGUUGUGGUCCCGUUUCAUGCCACAAUCUUCAUUUUCACCUGUGAAAGGACUCUAUCUUUAUGGAGGGGUUGGCACAGGAAAAACUAUGUUAAUGGACUUGUUUUUCAGUCAAUUGCCCUGCAGCUGGAGGAAAAAGCGUAUCCAUUUUCAUGACUUUAUGUUGAAUGUCCAUAGUCGCUUGCAAAAGCACAAGGGUGUUUCAGAUCCCCUUGAAGUAAUUGCAGGCGAGAUAUCUGAUGAAUCAAUUUUGUUAUGCCUUGAUGAAUUUAUGGUGACUGAUGUUGCUGAUGCAUUAAUAUUAAACCGGUUAUUUAAACAUUUAUUCAGCAAUGGGGCUAUUCUUGUUGCUACUUCAAAUCGUGCUCCAGAUAACCUUUAUGAAGGCGGAUUGCAGAGAGAUCUUUUUCUACCCUUCAUUUCCACUUUGAAGGAAAGAUGUGUAGUUCAUGAAAUCGGUUCCUCAGUAGACUAUCGCAAAAUGACUUCGGCUGAGCAAGGUUUCUACUUUGUCGGGAAAGAUUUGUCAGACUUUCUUAAGCAAAAAUUUCAACAGUUAAUUGGUGAACAUGCAGCUGGUCCACAAGAGGUGGAAGUUGUUAUGGGAAGGACAUUGCAGGUUCCAAUGGGUGGUAAUGGAUGUGCAUACUUUCCCUUUGAAGAACUCUGUGACAAACCUAUUGGAGCUGCAGACUACUUUGGAUUGUUCAAGAACUUCCAUACACUGGCUUUGGAAGGUGUGCCAAUUUUUGGGCUCCACAAUAGGACAGCAGCGUAUCGGUUUGUCACUCUAGUAGAUGUGAUGUAUGAGAAUAAAGCAAGAUUAUUGUGUACAGCUGAGGGGACUCCUCUGGAACUUUUAGAAAGGAUUGUAACUAUCUCUGAUGCCCAACAAAUGGCUCCUAGAACCUCUUCUAGAUCAAGGAAAAAUGAUGAUUUUGACAUUUGUGUGGACAAUGAAUUGGGAUUCGCAAAAGAUCGCACCAUUAGUAGGUUAACAGAGAUGAAUAGCAGAGAGUACUUGGAGCACCAUUCUGCCAUGUUAGCGCAGAAUGAGCUCAGUUGAAGUUGGCGGUGACAAUGCUGUAGGAGCAUGAUAUAGAAGAAACUUCAACGGUGUCCAAACCCAGUAACCAUUGUUGUUGUUAGUAAGAUUGUAUGAUCACAUAUCAAAAGCUACACCUAACCUGGCAAUGAUUUUGGUCCCAGGCCAUAUAGAUAGAUAUAUUCAAAGCUGAUAAAUUUGUCAGCUGAAUAAAUUGGAACCCAUCAUUUUGUAAAUUGUAAUCUAUUUGAGCAGUUGUAACAACAGUUAUAUGGAAUAUGGUUUUUAAAAGUUGUUUCAUUUCCAUAAUAAUCAUGUACAAGCUGAAGACCAGUGGAUUAUUAGAGUGAAGUUUGCGCCUGAUAGAUAAUAAGCAUUGAUAACAAGUUGAUAAACAUGUUUAUGAGGAUCAUUGUGA